AUGCCGGCUGUACCUACGAUCAUGAACGGCGUUGAGAACCUGCCGGAGUCGAAGCUCGGCACGAAAGAGCAUUGGGAUCAAGUAUAUGAGCGCGAAGUUGCCACCUACAAAGACAUUGGGGAUGAAGGCGAAGUUUGGUUCGGCGAAGAUAGCGUGGAGCGCAUGAUUCGGUAUCUGUGUGAUUUAUUUGAGGAGGAGCCACGCUCCGAGCCCCGGUAUGUUUUGGACAUUGGCACAGGUAAUGGACAUCUACUCUUUGCCCUCAUGGAAGCUCAAGAGGAGGAUUUGGCGCCUGGUACCGUGGAUCCUAGCAGGUUAUGUGGUAUUGAUUAUUCGCCAGCCUCGAUCCAGUUGUGUCAUUCCAUCGCCGAAAAUCGCGGAAAUGAAUGCAAACAGAUUUCUUUUCUCGAAUGUGACUUGCGUGAUAUGUCAAGUAUGGAUACCCUUACCAAACGCGCGAAUGAUGGACAAGGAUGGGACGUUGUCUGUGACAAGGGCACUUACGAUGCGAUUGCACUUUCAUCUCAACUUGUCAAUGGCAAGCUUCCUGUGGACUUGUAUGUCGAUGCUGUGUGUCGCUUGACGCGUGCACGAGAAGGGCUGUUUUUUAUUACAAGUUGUAACUUUACAAAAACCGAACUCGAGGCAAAAUUUGUACCAGCCGGAUUUGUCGUCGAGCAUGUUGUCCCGACACCGUCGUUUACUUUUGGCGGACACAAAGGGUCGAGCGUCACGACCAUGGCCUUUCGUCGUGCAUAG